UUCUUGUCUCGUCGCCCACGUGGGCUCGCCGUCGCCGCGAGCUCCACCUUCCCUCCCUCCCCACUCCACCAUUCCAGCCCGAGCGCGAUGUGGCGAGCGGCGGUGAGGCGGUGGACACCGCCGCUGCUGCGGCGUCUCUCGUCGGACGCCGCCGCCGCCUCCAAGGCGCCGCGGCAGCGGGUGGCGGCGCUGUGGGGGAACGGGGACUACGGGCGGUUGGGGCUGGGCGCGCUGGAGUCGCGGUGGAGCCCCGCGGCCUGCCCCUUCUUCCUUGCCCGCGCCGCGGACCCGCCCGCCUCCCUCGCCUGCGGCGGCGCGCACACCCUCUUCCUCACGGAGAGCGGGCGUGUGUUCUCCACGGGUCUGAACGACUUUGGGCAGCUCGGGAUAGGAUCCUCUGUUACACAUAGGCUGGAGCCUGUCGAAGUUUCUGGAUUUCAUGAGAGAGUUGUAGAAAUUUCAGCUGGCAACCAUCAUUCUUGUGCAAUUACUGUGGAUGGUAAACUCUUUGUUUGGGGCAGAAACUCAGGUGGCCAGCUUGGCCUUGGAAAAGGGGCAGGAAAAGUAGUUUCUACCCCGACGAAGGUUGAUUGUUUGACUGACUUCAGAGUGAAAAUGGUUGCUUUGGGAUCAGAGCAUUCAAUUGCUGUUACAGAUGAAGGUGAAGUCUUAAGUUGGGGAGCUGCUGGUUCCGGUAGGCUCGGACAUGGCCAUCAAUCUAGCAUACUGGGAUUCUCUUUGUCCUCAAGUGAAUAUACUCCAAGGUUGAUCAAAAACCUUGAAGGUAUCAAGAUUAAAAAGAUAGCUGCAGGAAUGUUGCACUCUGCUUGCAUUGAUGAAAAAGGUACUUUGUUCAUAUUUGGGCAGAAGGCUGAGAAGGGAUUUGGAAGAUCAAAUGAAGCAUUCAGACCAGCUGUUGUUGAAGAGAUACUGUUUGCAGAAGAAGUUGCUUGUGGAGGUUACCAUACUUGUGCUGUAACAGAUAAUGGUGAUCUGUACUCUUGGGGUUCAAAUGAAAAUGGCUGCCUUGGUCUGGGAAGUACGGAUAUGGUUCGGGCUCCAGAAAUUUUGGAAAGCUCACUAUUUAAGCUUCCUGUAUCUAAGGUGUCUUGUGGUUGGAAGCACACUGCUGUAAUUUCAGGUGAUGAUAUUUACACCUGGGGUUGGGGAGGCGCUAAUGGUACUUUUUUCGAAGAGGGUCAUUCUUCUGGUGGACAACUGGGACAUGGAAACGACGUAGACUAUUUUGAACCUAUGAUGGUGCCAUUCAGCAAGAAUGCAAGAGCGGUCCAUGUAUCAUGUGGCUUCAAUCAUACUGGUGCAAUUUAUGAGUACUCCGAGGACUGACUGACGUGCCAUCUGCAGACUGCAGAAUGACAUGUUGCAGAUUAAUUAUCCAAUCAUACUAAGCACAGGUGUACAGAGGAACAGCAGAAAUAAGCUAAGGUAAUGGCUCUGCAUCUAUGUGAAGAGAAUAUAGAACAAAAUGAUAACACCUCUUGAGCGAGGGGGAUGUAAAUUGAACAGAAUAAGAGAUAAACUGGAUGCCUUUUGUGAUGCAUCAGGGUUACAGCAGGUCAGUGUAUAGUGUUCAUUUAUUUUGUGGAUAUGUAUUAUUUUUCCGGCUAAUAAGGAAUCCAUUGCCUGAGAUCUCACCACGCUGGUGUUGUACAUGA